AUGGAACAAAGAAAACAACGCUUGGGUCGAGGACAUCUGUCUGGCUUCGUCACUAUUGUGCUCUUGUGGAGUGUGGCUUCAGCGCAACUGAGAUAUUCGAUCCCCGAAGAAAGUAACGAAGGGACUGUGGUUGGAAACGUCGCAAAAGACUUAGGAUUGGAUAAAAGUACGCUGAAGUCCAGAAAAUAUCGGAUUGUUUCAGGCGGCGCGGAGUCUCUAUUCCACGUAAAUCAAAACAACGGUUUUCUGUAUGUGAGCCGAAAAGUUGACAGAGAAGAGGUGUGCGCGCAGACCAGUGCGUGUGUGAUCAAUCUAAAAACUGUUCUAGAAAAUCCGCUGGAGGUACACUACGUCGGAAUUGAGGUAUUGGAUAUAAAUGACCAUUCGCCCAGUUUCCCAGAGGAAGAGAAACGUUUGGAAAUUUCUGAGUCGGUAUUGCCAGGGGCGCGAUUUCAGCUGAAACCUUCACGGGAUGAAGACAGUGGUCAUUUCUCUGUGCAGCAGUAUAAACUGAGCCAGAACGAUCAUUUUCGUUUGGAAGUAAGAGACAAGGGAGAAGAUGGUAAAAUACCGAUCCUAGUUUUACAAAAAACUUUGGACAGAGAGGCAGUACAGAAGCAUUCCUUGGUGCUGACCGCAAUAGAUGGAGGAAAACCACCCAAAACGGGGAGCAUGAAUAUUGCUGUCAUUGUUUUAGAUGUUAAUGACAACACACCUAUUUUUUCAAAGGAUGCUUAUUCAGUCAUGAUCUCUGAAAAUGCUCCAGUUGGUACAACAGUAAUUCAAGUAAAUGCAACUGAUUUGGAUGAUGGUCAGAAUGGAGAUGUAUUUUACUCUUUUGGAAAUAGUGUCAGUAACAAGUUACUCUCAAUUUUUGAUAUCAACCCAAUAACAGGCGAUGUGAUUGUGAAGGGUUUAAUAGACUAUGAGCAAAGGGACAAGUACGAAAUUGAGAUUCAGGCAUCAGAUAAAGGCCUUGCUCCACUAACAUCUGAAAAAAGUGUGAUUAUUAAGAUAGUUGACGUGAAUGAUAAUGCACCUGAGAUUGAAGUUACUUCUUUUUCUAGCUCAAUUCCUGAAGAUUCCAGACCUGGAACUACAGUUGCUUUGAUCAGUGUGAAUGACUUGGAUUCUGGACUCAAUGGAAAAGUUGUUUGCUCCAUAAGUGAAGCUGUUCCUUUUGCUUUAACACCAUCAUUGCAAAAUAAUAUGUAUUCAUUAGUAACCAAGUCUCCACUGGAUAGAGAGAAACAGGCAUAUUAUGAGUUGACUAUAGCUGCACAAGAUGCUGGUCAACCUCCAUUAUCCUCUGUGAAGACCAUAAGUGUUGUGGUUUCAGAUGUUAAUGACAACAGUCCAGAGUUUUCUCUGACCCCUUAUACCUUUUAUGUCACUGAAGGUAAUGAACCAGGUGUUUCUGUGUUUUCAGUUGAAGCUUCUGAUUGUGAUGAGAGUGAUAAUGCACACAUAUCCUAUAUUUUACGAAGUGGCAGUGAAGACAAUAAAUUCACUUCAUUCCUGAACAUAAACUCUGAAACAGGAAGUAUUGUGGCACUGAAAAGUUUUGACUUUGAAACACUGAAAACGUUCCAGUUUCAAGUUGUAGCCACAGAUUCUGGAACUCCGCCACUCAGCAACAACGUGACAGUCAACGUGUUCAUUCUGGAUCAGAACGACAACGCUCCAGUCAUCCUCUAUCCACUCAGCUCCAACGGCUCUGCUGAAGGUGUGGAGGAAAUUCCCCGCAACGUCAACGCAGGACACCUGGUGACUAAAGUCAGAGCCUAUGACGCUGAUAUAGGAUAUAACGGCUGGCUGCUGUUCUCACUGCAGGAAGUCACUGACCACAGUCUCUUUGGUUUGGACCGCUACACAGGACAGAUCAGGACACUUCGUUCAUUCACAGAGACAGACGAGGCUGAACAUAAGCUGGUCAUCCUGGUCAAAGACAAUGGGAAUGUUUCACUGUCAGCAACAGCCACUGUGAUUGUCAAACUUGUGGAGCCUAAAGAGGCCUUUGCAGCCUCAGAUGUCAAAAGUGCAGCAAAAGAUGAAGAUGAUAACAACUUGACUUUUUACCUGAUGAUAACUUUGGGCUCAGUUUCUGUGCUUUUCAUCUUCAGCAUCAUCGUUCUGAUUGCAAUGCAGUGCUCCAAAUCUACAGACUAUACAUCUAAAUAUUUACAAGAGACUAAUUAUGAUGGAACACUGUGCCAUAGCAUUCAAUACAGAUCUGGAGAUAAACGAUACAUGUUGGUUGGACCCAGAAUGAGUAUCGGAUCUACUAUUGUCCCUGGAAGUCAUGCAAAUACUUUGGUACUACCUGACAGAAGGAGAAUAUCUGAUGAGGUAAGGGCUUCUCUAAAAAUGUGUGCCUAUUUUCAUCUUUUUUCUCCUUUGUAUUCAAAUUAA